AUGGCUGAACACAAUGUUUGCGUCGAGCUAGUACGGGAACGGCAAAAGUGUACAUUUGAAGUUCAGGAGUUGAUUCACCUUAUCGAUGGUGGAAUUACUGCUACUGAGGAGAGACGGGAAGUUGAGAACGUAGUAUGCACCGAUCCGAGGAUUAAAGAUGUGGUACCAGAAGAAUACCUCAGUCAUAAGGAACGCUACGAAAAUGCUAUCAGAAAGAACUGCAUUUUACAAGAAAUCUUAAAAAAAUAUACCGAAAAACGCACUUGGGAUAAUUUUAGGCCAUCAAACAAAUACCGGAUUGGCUCUGGAGUGGUGAAGGAUAUUUCACCUUUCAUGUUACACACGGGCAUGUUCAUCCCGACCCUAGUAAAUCAAUCAGAUGAUGAACAAAAAGCAAAAUGGGUGCCCAAAGCGAUGUCUAUGGAAAUUAUUGGAACCUAUGCACAGACUGAACUCGGCCACGGCACAUUUAUACGAGGUCUGGAGACAACUGCCACUUACGACCCUAAUACUGAGGAAUUUGUUAUGAAUACCCCUAAUUUAACAUCUUAUAAAUGGUGGCCUGGAGGAUUGGCACACACCGCAAAUCAUUGCAUAGUAGUCGCCCAACUCUACAGCAAAGGACAACACUAUGGUGUUCAUCCCUUUUUCGUCCAGAUCCGAGACAUAGAGACCCAUGUACCUCUACCAGGCAUCAAAGUAGGAGAGAUUGGACCCAAACUUGGUUUUCAAACUGCAAAUAAUGGAUUCUUAGGUUUUGAAAACUUUAGGAUUCCAAGGAGAAAUAUGUUGAUGAAGAAUGCUCAAGUUUUGAAGGAUGGCACGUACAUAAAGUCGAAAAACGACAAGCUGACUUAUGGUACGAUGGUAUUUGUCCGAGUCAUCAUCUUGUUUGACUUAGCCUUUGAGUUGUCAAGAGCGGCCACCAUUGCAGUACGGUAUUCCGCCGUCAGACACCAGUCGCAGUUAAAAGCAAAUGAACCCGAGCUUCAAAUAAUUGACUACGUAACACAACAACAUAAGUUAUUUAUUGGUGUUUCCACCAGUCAUGUGUUCAGGGUGGUAGGAUUUUGGUUGUGGAACACGUACGUGAAGGUCAACGCUGACAUCGGCAAAGGAAACAUGGAUCAGUUACCAGAGUUACACGCCCUCGCCUGUUGUCUAAAAGCAGUAUGUAGCCGAGACGCAGCAGCGAGGGUCGAGGAGUUCCGCCUGGCGUGUGGCGGUCACGGGUUUAUGACGUCAUCGAAUUUGCCGAUCAUUAACGGAAUCGUCUCAGCCUCCAUUACUUACGAAGGAGAAUUCUCAGUGCUUAUGCUGCAGACUGCCCGAUUCUUAAUGAAAGCGUGGAAUGGAGUGUUAGCACGCAAGACAUUGACACCGACUGUCUCUUAUUUAUCGAAGUUUUCAAACAGUGAUAGAGUUCAGUGGGCCAACACUACCGCUGGCAUCAUCAGUGGUUUCCAGGCUGCUGCUGCAGGAAAGACGAAAGAAGCUUACGCUGCCAUUCAGAGCUAUUUGAAACCAGGAACGGAUUAUGAAGAUGCGUGGAACAGCGCUUCAGUACAAUUAGUCGGUGCCAGCGAGGCUCACUGUCGUGCAAUCCUAUGCGAAAUAUCCUGGUCCGAGAUGCAGCGGUUGUCGAAGACUGUUUCUCCGAAUUUGGGUAAAGUAUUAUUAGAGCUAGCUGAGCUGUAUCUCACAUACUGGACUUUGGAGAAACGUGGCGACCUACUGAUGUACACGACGAUAUCAACAUCAGACAUCGCCAAGCUGCAGGCUCGCUAUGAAGAGCUGUUGGCACUGAUACGUCCAAACGCUGUUGGAAUAGUCGAUGGGUUCGAUAUCAGAGACGAGAUUUUAAAUUCCACUCUUGGAGCAUACGACGGUCGCGUUUAUGAACGUCUGAUGGAAGAAGCGAAGAAGAGUCCUCUAAAUGCGGAGCCUGUCAACGAAAGCUUCCACAAAUAUAUUAAACCUCUCAUGUUAAAAGCUAAGCUGUGA